AUGGGCCUGACCCAGGCCAGCGGGGUCCCGAUCCAGAGGCUCCACGCAGGGGCUUGGAGUCUGAACGGCCCCAGGCAGCCCCUGGAGCUGGGGGUGGACCUCCAGUACCUGGGAGCACCUGCCCUGGAGGACUCUGUCAAGCUCAUCGGCAAGCAGCUGUCCGCCAGCAAGCGGACCCACCUGUACCAGCGUGCACCUGCUGUGACCAUGUACCUAACGCUCUUCAGAGAAUGGUGGGAGAGGGUUCUGUGCCGAGAAUGGAACGAUUGGGCUCUCGAGGUGGAUAGGGGGCUGCCGUUUCCUCCUGUCAGUGAGGAGGCGUCCGUGGGGACCAUGGUUGGCGUCAUACUUGCAGCAGCUGUCAAUCAAACCAUAAUCUACUCCAUCGUCGAGGGCAACGAGGGGGGCGAGUUUGCGGUGAACAACAGCACAGGAGUGAUCUCCACGGCCAGACUUCUGGACUACGAGAGGAACAGCAGCUUCAUCCUCAAGGUGGAGGCCGACUCCAUGAGGGUGGUGGCCUCCAACCUGCGAGCACCCUCCAAGACCAACACAGCCAAGGUGGUGGUGCAGGUUCAGGAUGAGAACGACCACGCACCUGAGUUCCUCCAGGCUCUGUACCUGGGGGGCGUGGCCGAGGAUGCCAAGACCUUCACCUCCGUCCUGCAGGUCCAGGCUGUCGACAAGGACACGGGAAACUACAGUGCGAUGUCGUACCGUCUCAUCAUACCGCCCACGGCUGACGGCAAAGACGGCUUCGUCAUCGAACCUCUGACCGGCCUGAUCAAGACCGCCAUCAUGUACCGCAACCUGCGGCGCUCCUACUUCAAGUUCACCGUCGUUGCCACCGACAACUACGGCGAGGGGCUUAGCAGCAAGGCGGAAGUUGUGGUGUCGGUGGUGAACCAGCUGGACAUGCAGGUGGUGGUCUCCAACGUUCCUCCCACCGUGGUGGAGCAAAACAAGGAGCAGCUGAUCAGUAUUCUGGAGCGGUACGUGCAGGAUCAGAUCCCGGGGGCCAAGGUGGUGGUGGAAUCCAUCGGGCCUCGUCGCUUCGGAGACGGCUUCGAGCAGGAGGAUUAUGGGAAGUCUGACCUGAUGGUGUACGCCAUUGACCCUCUGACCAACAGAGCCAUCUCCAGACAGGAGCUGUUCAAGUUCCUGGACGGGAAGUUGCUGGACAUCAACAAGGAGUUCCAGCCGUACCUGGGACGCGGCGGGCGCAUCCUGGAGGUGCGCACGCCCGACGUGGUGACCAGCGUGAGGAAGGCCGUCCAGACGCUGGGCUACAGCGAGGGGGCACUGCUCGCCCUCGCCAUCAUCAUCAUCCUCUGCUGCAUCCCCGCCAUCCUCAUCGUCAUUGUCACCUACAGGCAGUUUAAAGAGCGCCAGGCAGAGUGUGCCAAGACAGCCCGUAUUCAGAUGGCCCUGCCAAGCGGCAAGAGUGUGGGCGCCCCCACCAACAACCUGUAUGAGGAGCUUGGAGACAGCACCAUCCGUCGCUGCGUUCUGGAGGAAGGCGACCGGCAGCGGCUGAUCAGCAGCUUCGCCUCGCGCGCCAUCGCCGCCCACCAGCAGUCCAGCGCCAACGGCAUCCUCCUCAACAACAUGCCCAAGUCCGAGUCCAACAUCACCUUCCUGUCGGACGACAACCCGCUCACCACCAAGAACCCGCUGUUCUACGACGGCACCCUGAGCAGCCCGGACACGCUGGGCCGCAGCCAGAGGCGCAGGGACCUCCUGGGGAGCGGCUCCCUGCCCAAGAGAGGCCUCCUCCGGGACUCCUUCCUCCGAUUCUCCCCCGGAGGAGGCGGUGGGGGAGGAGCAGGGGGAGGCCACAGCUGGACCCUGCCCUCCAGGCUGCGGCGCCGGGACAUGUACGCGUCGCUGAGGCGCCAGGUGGUGAUGGACCCGGUCCAGUGGGAACUGGAGCUGCUGCAGUCGGAGCUGCGGGCCAGCCGGGACGACGGGCUGGACGCGGACCUGGAGGAGGACGAGGACGCGGAGCUGGGGCCCAAGCUGACGGUGAAGGAGCAGGCCAGGCAAUUUGAGCAGCUGCAGGAGAUGAGGCAGAGGCAGAGCCGGGACUCGCGGGGCUCCCUCUCCCCGGACUUCCUGCUCUCCGUGUUCGGGUGCCCGCAGCAGAUGACGCCGCCGCCGCCGCCGCCAGCCGCGCCCCCGACGCCCCCACCGCAGGUGGCCCCGAGCAUCGUGAUCACACAGAGUGACGGCGGGACCCCGCCACCCAGCCGCAAGCCCACGCCGCCCGUGCUGCGGAGGUUCAGCUCCAGCUUCUCCGCCUCGGCCGGCGAGCCCUACGAGGUCAGCCUGGAGAUCAUCCCAGAACCCCCCAGCGUCCCCGCCCCUCCCCCGCCCUCCUCCUCCCUCUCUCCCUCCCCACGCGCCCCUCCACCGCCCUCCGCCUCCCCCCCUCCCGCCCCCCGCGCCCCCGCCCCUCCCCCGCCCUCCGCCUCCCCCCCUCCCUCCCCCCGCGCCCCCCCGCCGCCCCCCUCCGUCCCUCCGCCCCCCCCGUCCCCUCCGCCUCCACCCGGCCCCGCCCCACCGCCCCCGCCUCCCCUCCCACCUCCCGUCUCUCCCUCCCCCAAACACCCCUCGGCCUUCGUCCUGCCGCCCCUGCCCGCCGUGACCACGCUGAGGCCCGUGUCCCUGCGGGCCCCGCCGCCCCCUCUCCCCGAACCCGAGGCCCCCAAGAGGGAGCUGAGGGGCAUUCUGAAGACCAUCCCCAACAUCGCGGCCCUGGAGAAGUCGGUGGCCAAGAUGUACAGCCAGAUCGACCAGAAGCAGAACCCCCUGAAGAGCAUGCUGAAGAGCCAGUCCAUGGAGUCGCUGGACUCCCUGGACGCUGCGGAUCUGGAGACGCCCCUGGAGCGGGCCCCCUCCCCCCCCGCCCCCGCCCCCCCCCGGGCCCCGCAGCCCCACCCCAACAUGAACUCCAUAGUGGAGGAGCUGGAGAAACGCUUCCCUUCGCAUUCAACAGUCAUGUGAUCUUUCUCACUCUCUCUCUUCUUCUGUUCUCCUCUCUCUCUCUCCCUCUACAUUCCUCUCCCCUUCAUCACUGUUUCAUCAUUUCAUCAGAGACUUUUAUUCCUUUUGUGUCAUUUGGAUGUUUCGUUCUUCAAUCCCAGAUGUCGUCUUCGUUUCUAUGUUGUUUUUAUGUUUUCAUUUUUCAAGAACAUUAUUUUCAGAAAGACAUUGCAUGUUAGUUUGUCUGUAUGUUUUAGUGUAAAUACACCAUGAAUGGUUGGUGACUCCCUAUAGUCUGCCCUGUAAUGACUAAUGGCCGUUUAAAUAACAACAUUCAAAGAAAAGAUUCUUGAGAGUUUCACUGUUUCUGUUAUACUCUCUCUCUCUACUAUACUCUGUCUCUCUUUCCCUCUUUUCCUCAGUCUGCCUCCUUGUCUGUCCCUCUCUCUGUCUCUCUCACUCUCCCUCUUUUACUCAGUCUCUCUC